CAGAUUGAACCGUUUGUUCAGUACCAGAGCGCUGAUUUAUUCUGAGACGAAGAGAUGAUAGAGUAGUCGAAGGAUUUGUGAGGCUAUUGAACGUUCCAAUCGACCUGAGCUGAAUUAUGACGUGGGGAGAUACUAUUAGGGUUAUCCUGAUAAAUUGAUAUAUUCACGGCCAGUGGUUUGGUCGCGAAACACAAGUAUAAAUAGAAAAUGAAACUUUUUCAAUUAUCUUGUUUCUGAAAGUUUGUCUCAUAGUAGGCCCAACAAACAAACAAUGUGUGAAGAUGGAAGCGGAAACCCUUGAGGUUGAACAGAGAAUUAAACUUGUUUUUAAAAAACUAAAAUCAAAUCUGGGAAACCUCGGAUCUUCAGAGUUCAGCUAUUCUCCUGUAUUCUCGAAAACUCCUAAAGAAGCAAGUAAAGCUAAAGGUCGCGUUGGAACAAAAAGAUCACGAAGUAUUGAUGUAAAGAAUGAUGUAUCCCCUGUUCCAAGUAAAAAGAUAAAAACAUUGAAUCCUGGAAAUGAAAAAUCUUCUGAUCCUGUGUCUACAGUGCAGGAAAGAACGUCAGCGAAGAAUGAGAGGCUGGUUCGACCUUCUAAACACAGACCCAGUUCCACUUCUAAACAUACAAGCAGAACCAAACGAUGUGAAGAAUGUGAGGGGUGUACAAGGCUAGAUUGCGGAACAUGUCAGAGUUGCAGAAUAAAUCAUCAGUUCAAACAUCAGAUUAAAAUUGGAAGAGCAGAGUGCCUCAAGAAGGUGUGUACAAACCCUAUCCCUCUAACUUACCAACUUGUGAAAGAGAAGACGACUGGUGGGACUAUUAUGUCCAGCCUAAUGCAGGAACAGGAUGAUGCAGCUUGUCCCUUUAAGAUGAUUGACGGCCAGCUAUAUGAUUUUAGAUGUGUGUUCUGUAAAAAACUACCCAGGGCAGGAAUGGCAAAUAGAUCUGAACUGUACAGGCAUUACAGUCUAUAUCACUUCUCUGCUGAGCUGAUGGAAGAGUUUAAAAACCUGACACGAUGUCCUGUACCAGGCUGCAAUAAAGUAGAAUCCGGGAAAAAGAUGGCUGACCACAUGGGACAAGUCCACAACGAGGUUGAGAAAUAUAUUCCCGUGGAAAACAGAAUCCCUCUCAAGAAACCAGCUUCAAGAUCGGGAGGGAAAGGAAGAGCAGCUAAGAAGGUUGUUGAGUACAUAUUCCCUGAGAUACCUCCAGGAUACAAUCCAGCAACUAGAACGGUAAAAAUAUAUAUAUAUUAA